GAAAAGUAGGCCGCACAAGUCAAAAGCUUAUGAGUGAUACAAAGCCAUAGCAGUUUCCCCUGUCUAGGCUAGUCGAGAGAGGUUUGCUCCGCAAUGAAGCAACUGGAUUUCUCUUCCAUGGCCUGCUUCUGCGUUCCCCAUAGCAGCAGAAGCUCCACCUUCACCACACGAUUCACCAAUCACACAGACAGGGCCAUAGAUGUGCAGAUAAGGGUGGGAUCGCUACUGAAGAAGUCCUACACUGUUCAACCUGGCAAUUCAAAGAAGCUAGGAAGCAAGCAGAUAUACAAGACCUAUGACGUGCCCAAGAGCAGAGCCACAGUCGCCAUGAAUUUCCAUCGCAGUAUCUUCCAGCCAUACGUUUGGAUUCAUGACAGUGGGGAUUUCUCAAGGAUGGUGAAGCAGCAGUACGUAAGCCUUGAAGAUUUGAGGGACCAUUCUGAGAUCAAGGUCCUGAGAAACCAUGUGAAGGGAUGCAUUCAAGUUUACAAGAAACCCAGAAUGGAGUUCUGCUAGAAAUGCUACCGAUGGAAAGUAUCUUGGUCUAUGAGACAUGCAACGAAGCACCCUUCGGACAGGUAGCAUUCUCUCCCUGGAUGAAUGUGCUUGUGAUCAUUAACCAGUUAAUGCCGAGUGGAAAUUAUAUGUAACAGCUCGGUUUCUAGAUUUUAUCUUCAUCUUGCUGUUUUUCUGUGUGUGAUCAGAACAUUUAUCUGCAUUUUCUUGUCC